AUGCUCCGUCAUUGUCCGAUCAGCGGCAACUCGAAAGAGCAAAGUUCGGUUAAUAUUCAGUGCAUUCUGCGUGUCGACAAGGAAGAAGUAGAUCCAGAAGAGCCGGGACUUGUCGAAACUGGCGACGAUUUGGUGACAUUUCUAAUUCAGGAAAUGGCGCGGACGAGCGCCGAGAUGCCAGCAAUGUUGACGUCUCGACGCGUAGACGUGUCCAAAGAGACGCUAGGUGAACACACUAACAUGCACAUUGCUCGGCAUUUAGGGCUUUAA